ACUGCAGGGGUCUACUGGGAAACUGGAAAUGGCGGAGGCGACGAGCUCGAGCUCGGGCACCUAGCUCACGCGUUUCCGCUGCCACCGGCGCCGCGCUCGCCGGCGAAUAUCCCGCCGCCGCCGCCGCCGCCGCCGCCGCUUCCGGAGACCACCAGCUCCCCCGCGCGGCGGCUCCGGCUUUUCUCCCUUCCUCCUUUCCGCUAGGGUUUUCCCCGAUCCCCAAUCACUGUUAAUUCAGAAAUGGCUUCAUCACAGCAUGUUGAGAUGGAGGCUGCGAAACUUCUUCAUAAACUUAUUCAGGAGUCCAAGGAUGAGCCUUCUAAACUAGCAACAAAACUUUAUGUGAUAUGUCAACAUAUGAAACUAAGUGGAAAGGAGCAGUCACUGCCAUAUCAAGUCAUAUCGAGGGCUAUGGAGACAGUUGUAAACCAACAUGGAAUUGAUAUGGAAGCACUGCGAUCAUCGCGAAUUCCAUUUGCCGGUGGCCCUCACGCAGGUGAUUCUAGUGGUGCCAUGUCAAAAGACAAGGAGGUCAUUGGUAACCAGUCUCCCAUGGUUGGAAGUGACGCAUCCCAGAAUAGUGGGCAAGCUGGAUUAUGGCAGUUUCCAUCAGGUUCAACAGAUAUGACAAGGCAUGUGGCAUCUGUUUCGGGCAGGGUACCAACAGGGCCAAACUGGGGUGACUUCCCAGCAGCUGAUAUUCAUCAAGGCUCCAUGUCACAAAAGAGCGGUAGGUCCUCUGGCAUUGAAAGCCCUGCAAGUCUGCAGAUGGAGGACACCAGAUCUAUGAAUUCACAUGAUUCUUUGAAAUCUGAUGAGAAAACAAGUAAGAAAACCUCUUCUAAGAGAAAAAGGAUGGAUUCAAAAGGAGCUGGAGAUUUGCAUUCUGAAGACAACUCAAAGUCAGAUGCUAUCUCCACUGGACACAAUACCAGAAAGGGGAAACAAGUUGGCAAAGCUGGUAGACAAGGUCAGCCUUCCAUGGGAAUGGAGCAUGAGCAACCACAUUCACUGCAAGUACAAGGUGGUACUGCUCAGGUGCCACCGUCACAUGGUGGUGCACCUUUUCUCAGGGCUCACCCGGAAGGUCCAUUGAUUUCUUCUGGGAGGACUAUUGACAAGACUAAACCAUCAAAUCCAUUCACAAUGGCUCAAAUUCCAAAUUUUCCUGAGGGACUGGCUUCUAGUGGUGUCCCUAUUGAGUUGCAGAAAAGUAUACAGGGUGGAGCAAAUUUAUUUAAUGCUGGUUUUGGCUGGAACCAAAACUCACAAGUUCCAAUUAUGAAGAAUUCUCAAGGGCCUAAUCACAAUUUAGUGAGUUCUGGAGUUAAUGUUGAAGGGAAAGUGAAUGUAGGGGCACAAGGAGCUUUUAACUCUACUUCUGCACCACAGAUGGGAUUUCCCCCGAUUCCUCCUUACAACUCCUCUUCCUUUGGAGGUAGCUCACAGUUUCUGGACAAAGGCAAGGAAUUGGCUUCCAGCAGUACUGGCACUGAACUUCAUUCGACACCGAAAGUUGCAUCUCAGCCUGGGAUGCCUCAUGGAAAUCCCAUCCAAGAAAGGCAAGGUAUUAUCAGAGCACCACAAAGAGCUGAGGCAUCUUUCCAAGAAGGCAGACCAUCUGCACUUCCGAAUAGAAAUACUGGGCCAAGUCCAAUGUCUCACCCCUCUUCCAACAUACCAUUCAAAGAACAGCAGCUGAAGCAGCUCAGGGCACAGUGCUUAGUAUUUCUUGCAUUUAGAAAUAAUUUGCAGCCCAGGAAGGUGCAUCUUGAAAUUGCCUUGGGUAGAGUACCUCCUGCAGAAAGUGAUACUGCAGGUCAGAGGGGCAGUGAGAGCAGAGCGCCUGAUGGUUUGGGAAAGGAAACUGGAAGCAGUCGGGAGAACUCUGGUGUUUUUGGUAGGCAAGGUGAUGUCUCUAGACUUCCAUCCACAUCUGCAGGAAGUAUUGCAGAAGUUGAUUCCUUUCCGAAAGACCCAGAAAAUGCUACAAAGAAGAUCAAGGUAGCUGAACAGGAGAAGUCUUUGAUGGAAGUAGAAAACAUCCAAAAAGCUUCUGUUAUGCAGGGAGCUAGUUCUGAAAUGCGUUCCCAGGAAACUGCAUCUCCCAUUCCAUCUGGACCACAGCAGUCAUACUUUCAGGGAGAUACGAGAAGAAUUGCUCCUGAUAUUCAUAGAAAUGAUGCUGAAAAUUUGAAUCGUAAUUUGAGUUGGGGAGGCCUGGGACCUACUGCUUUGGGUGGUAAUAGACAACAUCUGAAUCAGGAAACUAAAGAAUUACCUGCACCUUCAAAGCCACAACAUAUGCCUGUUGAUGGUUACAACUCCAAUAUGCCUGGAAUAGAUCAGACUACAGAGACAGUUGGAGCUGGUAAUGAUGUUGAAAAUUGUAGCCACGCAGCAGACAUUGUGCCCGAGCAGGCUGCUGAUGAAGGAGAUGAGGAUCUUUCGGAGCAUGAUGAUCUACCGUCAUCUCCUCCAAAGCACACUAUGACAGAAAAAUGGAUCUUGGAAUACCAGAAGAGAAUGUACAAUGAGAAACAAAAAAGGACAUUGGAGCAGCAUAAAUUACACGGCAGAAUGUCAGCAUCCUAUGAGAAGCUAAAGGAAAGCGUUAAUUCAUCUGAAGAUCUUUCCGCAAAGACAAAGAGUGUCAUUGAAUUGAAAAAGCUUCAACUUCUGCCACUUCAACGUCGUGUACGCAGUGAGUUUUUGAUGGACUUUUUCAAGCCCAAUACAGCUGACUUGGAGCGCAUCAAAGCAGUGAAGAAACAUAGGCAUGGACGGCGCGUGAAACAGCUUGAAAAAAUUGAACAGAAAAUGAAGGAAGAAAGGCAAAAGAGAAUUCGUGAGAGGCAGAAGGAGUUCUUUGCUGAUAUAGAGGCUCACAGAGAGAAACUUGAGGACAGCUUCAAGGUUAAGAGAGAACGCUUGAAGGGUUUCAAUAGGUACAUAAAAGAAUUUCACAAGAGGAAAGAGCGAAUUCAUCGGGAGAAAUUGGAUAGGAUCCAACGAGAGAAAAUCAAUCUGCUUAAGAACAACGAUGUUGAGGGAUAUCUUAGGAUGGUCAAGGAUGCAAAAUCUGACCGAGUUAAGCAACUAUUGCGUGAAACUGAGAAAUAUCUACAGAAACUUGGGAACAAAUUGCAGAAUGCGAAGUCCACAGAUGGACGUGCAUCUUAUGUUUCUGAUAAGAGUGACCCUGCAAACGACAUCGAAGAUGAGAGCUACCAGCCACAGCAUUAUCUGGAAAGUAAUGAAAAGUACUAUCAACUGGCCCACAGUGUUAAGGAGACCGUGAAUGAUCAGCCAUCUUAUCUUCAGGGUGGCAAAUUGCGAGAGUACCAGAUGAACGGUUUGCGUUGGCUGGUUUCAUUGUACAAUAAUAAUUUGAAUGGAAUUUUAGCAGAUGAGAUGGGUCUUGGUAAAACAGUACAAGUAAUCUCUCUGUUAUGCUACCUUAUGGAAACAAAAAAUGACCGGGGACCUUUUCUCGUGGUUGUACCAUCAUCCGUUCUUCCUGGAUGGGAAUCUGAGCUCAACUUCUGGGCACCUAGUAUAAACAAAAUUGCUUAUGCUGGUCCUCCAGAAGAAAGGCGCAGAAUGUUCAAAGAGAUGAUUGUUCAUCAGAAGUUUAAUGUUCUUUUGACAACAUAUGAGUACUUGAUGAACAAGCAUGAUAGGCCAAAACUAAGCAAAAUACAAUGGCACUAUAUAAUAAUUGAUGAAGGGCAUCGCAUAAAGAACGCGUCUUGUAAGCUCAAUGCUGAUUUGAAGCUUUAUCGGAGCUCCCAUCGGCUGUUAUUGACAGGAACUCCUCUGCAGAACAAUCUUGAGGAGCUGUGGGCACUUUUGAAUUUCCUUUUGCCCAAUAUAUUUAAUUCAUCAGAGGACUUUUCUCAGUGGUUUAACAAACCAUUUGAAAGCAAUGGUGAUAAUUCACCUGAUGAGGCCUUGCUUUCGGAGGAAGAAAACUUGCUGAUCAUAAACCGUCUUCACCAGGUUCUUCGGCCCUUUGUACUCCGAAGACUUAAGCAUAAGGUUGAAAAUGAGCUGCCAGAGAAGAUUGAAAGACUUGUAAGAUGUGAAGCAUCUGCUUAUCAGAAGCUUCUCAUGACAAGGGUGGAAGAUAAUCUUGGUGCAAUUGGAGCGGUUAAGGUUCGCUCUGUGCACAAUUCUGUCAUGGAAUUGAGGAACAUAUGCAACCAUCCGUACCUGAGCCAGCUUCAUGUUGAAGAGAUUGAAGGCUAUCUACCUAAACAUUAUCUGCCAAAUAUUGUAAGGCUCUGUGGAAAACUUGAGAUGUUGGACAGACUGCUACCCAAACUCAAAGCUACUGGCCAUAGGGUUCUACUUUUUUCUACAAUGACAAGAUUGCUUGAUGUAAUGGAGGAUUACCUGGUUUGGAAAAAAUAUAAGUACCUUCGGUUGGAUGGGCACACUUCUGGACAUGAAAGAGGAGCUCUUAUCGAUAAAUUUAAUGAUCCUAAUUCUCAAGCAUUCAUUUUUCUUCUGAGUAUUCGAGCUGGAGGUGUUGGUGUCAAUCUCCAAGCAGCUGAUACUGUUAUCAUAUUUGAUACCGAUUGGAAUCCUCAGGUUGACCUGCAAGCACAGGCUAGGGCACACAGGAUUGGUCAAAAGAAGGAGGUUCUUGUUUUACGUUUAGAAACGGUCCGGACUGUUGAAGAGCAAGUCAGGGCUUCAGCAGAACACAAAUUAGGUGUUGCUAAUCAGAGUAUAACUGCUGGUUUUUUUGACAAUAACACAAGUGCUGAAGAUCGAAGGGAGUAUCUUGAAUCACUCCUACGUGAGUGUAAGAAGGAAGAAGCAGCUCCAGUGUUAGACGAUGACGCUCUGAAUGAUAUUCUUGCACGGAGCGAAGCUGAGAUUGACGUAUUUGAAUCUAUUGACAAGCAAAGGAGAGAAGAAGAAACAGAGGCUUGGCAAAAGGUGGUUCAGGAUGGUUCAACUAGUGGGCUAGACCCUGCAGUAUUGCCUUCUCGUCUUGUAACUGACGAUGAUCUCAAGCCCUUCUGCCAUGCUAUGAAGCUUUAUGAGCCAUCAAAUGUAAAAAGUGUAAAGGUGAAUGUGAGGAAGAAGGGUGAACUUGGGGGCCUUGAUACACAACAUUAUGGAAGGGGCAAACGAGCUCGUGAGGUUCGCUCUUAUGAGGACCAAUGGACCGAAGAAGAAUUUGAAAAACUUUGUCAAGUUGAUUCUCCUGAUUCACCACAACCUGGUGGUAUGCCGAAAGAUUCAGAUAUUCCUAAAGCCCUGAAGCCUGAAAUUCUCGCAGAGAGUUCAAAAGAACCAGAACAAAUGAGGAAAGAGGCAUCCCCAACUGUUGACGACUCCCCACCAGCAAAACGGCGGAGAGGUAGACCUAAAAGGUCAGAUGUUUUCUUAUCUCCUACUACAGCUCCAACUGAUGCUGUCAAACAAGAGACAGGAACCACACAUGAUGGUAGUUCUGCCACACCAGCAACUAUCAUCAAUUCUGAUGCACCAGCUACUCCGAUCCAUUCAGCUGCUUCAGAUGUUAAUGUACAUUCUAUUUCACCGGCUGAUAAUAUCAACAAUCAAGACUUUGGUACUGAAACCAAGACUUCCAGUUCUGUCAUUGUUCCAGAAGGACCUAUAGCAAAAGACACUGGCUCGUCGUUGCAGAGUGUUCAUAAUGUUGCAGCUCCUGCAGUACCUCAUCAACCAGCUAGAGGCAGGAGAGCCCAAGCAGGAGAAACACCUCGCAGACGAGGACGAAAACCAAAAUCUCUAACGUCUUCUGGUGUAGAUGAUGUUGGUCUUAACCCACCUGUUUCAGCUGGUAGCGGAGUAGCAGACACUAGUUGUGUUUCUUCAUAUACUCAAGUGAAUACUCCCCCAUCACAAGGAAGUGCUGUGGCAGUGGCAGGAAUCCAGAAGGAUUUGGUCACAGUUAAACUGGAUACAUUAUUGCCAGAUAGCGGUAAGCGUAUUUCUCCUGUUCAUGAAGGAGAUAAAGGUGCAACCAUUACAACACCUGUGGCAAAAGAUAUAUGUGCUGAAACUGUGAUGUCAGACAAUGCUACCACACUGGCACCAAAUACUCUUAAUGAAAAUGUUAGAUUGCUUCAAGUGGAAUCUGCACCUACCAUGCCUGUGGUUUCAGGAGGUUUGGUGGAAACAUCACAUGUGGUGGCAGAUAAGCCUGUUGAGAAGCAACCUGCUUCACGUCGCCGCAGAAAGAAAACAUCUGGUAGUGAGGAUACUGGAGUCAGCACUAGACAAAGAUCGGCUAUGAAAAAAUCUUGUUACAGCACAUCCGUUACUAUUGAUGAUGUUGGUUCUGGCAUGGUCCCAAGUGAAAAAUCAGGAAUAAUGAAGGAAAGAGAUGAUGGUUCACUUCAGAAUACUUCUAAUGAAUUACCAAAUAUUAAGUUACCAUCGCAUGAGAAGUCUGGAUAUGAUUCUCAACCAAGCACACCUAUAGCUGUCCCCAUCAAUGAAGCUACACUUCCUAGUGGUUUUAAAGAUAACCGUGCUACUCAUUCUGAAAUAACUCUUGCCACAUCAGCCAAUCCUCAUGUCGAUGGUAAACCGGUUGAUUCGCACCUUGAUGCACCUGUUUCUGUUGCUUCCCAAAAUCAAGAACAUGUUAAGACUGGGAAGGACCAUUUGGCAGUGUGUUCUGAAGUCCCUGCUAGUCAUUUAGCAAUGGCUAGUGCAAAUCCUGCUAGUGAUCAUAAAUCUGAAAGUGCUCAAUUUGACCGAUCUGCUUCAUUGCUUCAGAAUUCAGGUAAGGAACCCACUGUAGUACCUUCUGAGGUUGAUAUAGCUGCUCCAAAUAAGGCACCAGGCAGCAGGAGGAAAGGGUCGGCUCGGGAAUCACGCAGCAGAAGUAAUUCUACAACAGCUGCAAGUGAACGCCGAGCCCGACUUACUGGAUCAAAGCAGGUGGAGGACAUAUCAGCAAAGCCAACCACAACAGUGUGUGUUUCAUCAGUCGAGCAACAGAGAGCUGACUCUUUAAGAGCUGAGGUUACCGCUGCUUCUGUUUGUGAAGCACAGAAGAAUCCUGGGAGUCAUGUGUCUUCUGACAUUUCAAUUCCGGUGGGGAGUCAUGCGUCUGGCGCAGCAGUUACUGAAGAAACAACGAUGAUGACACAAACUCCUGUGAUGGCUAAAUCAGAAGAAACAAAACUUCCAGGUGAUCUACAAGGUAUUGAGCUUAAAAGUUCAGUACCACAAACAAACAUGGUUUCAGCUGCGGAAUCAGCACCUGCAAAUGAUGAACACUUGCAAGGUGCUGAAGUUAAUAGUUCAGAACAGACAAAAGUGGUUUCAGCUGCUGAACCAGCACCUUCAAAUGAUGAACAUGUGCAUGGUGUAGAGGUUGAUAGCUCAGAACAACCGACAAAGACAGUCUCAGCUGCAGAAUCAGCACCUUCAAAUGAUGAAGAACACACAACGCACGAAGUGCGUCUUAAGACUUCUGAUGUUAAUAUACUUACCUCUAGUGCAGCAACAGACAUAUUGCAGGACAAAAUUGAUACCAGUGUUGCUUGCCAGUCAGAUGCACCGUGUACGGAUGAAAUUGCAAGGCAGUCUGAUGCAUCGCUACUAGAUAGCAAAGCCCCUCAUGAUGGUUCAGCUAAAUACUCUCGUGGCUCCACCAAAGAAGAUGAUUAUGUCUUGCGCAGUGAAGCCACUGGUGUUGAUGUCACUGGUUCUAAGCAAGAUGAUGUGAAAGUUGAUGACACGCAAGUUGAUGAUACUUCUAGGGCUUCUUCCAGUCAUUUGGCUGCUACUUCACAAUCCACUCAGUCAGAUCAGCCUCCAGAUCAAGUGGAGAUUGUGGAGAAUAGGAAUGAACAAGUGAAAAUGGAAGAAACAUUGGAUAAGAGUUCUGGAGACAAUCAAACUCAUAGUCAGAACCAUGAAACUUCUCAUGAUACAGCAUUAUUAAGAAAUUCUCCUUCAGAGUACUUGAAUGAGCAUUGUUCUGCUCAAGUAGAUGGUGAUACAUUUAAAAGUAAAGAAAAUAUUGUUGAAAUCCAUGCUGCCAUGAAUAUUGAUGGUCCUGAGGAAGCUCUGGAUGCUUCGUCCAUGCAAUCUCAGAAAGAGGGCAGCACAACAGACGUUGGUUUAUCCACCGAUGGUGAUACAUCUGAAACUAAAGAAACUACUGUUGAAACCCAUGCUGCCAUGAAUGCUGAUGGCCCUGAGGAAGCUCAGGAUGCUUUGUCCACCCAAUCUGAUAAAGAGGCCAGCAUGGCAGAAGUUGAUGUGCCUACCGAUAGCAGUCCCACAGUUUGCAAAGCACAUAAUGAUCUUGAAGGCCAGGUAUCUUGUGAAGAAACCUUGGUUAGGGCUGAUGCUGACAAUCGAACCCAUAGCAAUACAAAUGAUGAUUCUAAUAAUAAAGAUGAAGACACCAUGGUUAAUCCUGUUGACAGCACACGAGAACCGAUGGAAGAAAGCACCAUUAUUGCUUCAGAAAUUUCUGAUUUGAAUAAGCAAAGCUGCACCUUGCAUUUUGGAAAUGAUCCCCCUUCAAGUAUGCAGGCGACAGUUGAGUCUAAUAAAGUUACUAGUGAUGCUGAAAUGGUUUGUCCUGGCAGGUUAGAAUCUUCUGUUAUUGAGACUGGAACAGUGGGUAUCCAAGAGACUGUCAUUGGUGAUCUUGAGAGAUCAGAAAAAACAGGGGAUUUGGAUGAAAAAACUGGCAGUCCGCAGCGUGAUGUUCUUGGUACAUCAUGUUCCAUGAUGGGUCUUGUGUGUGAAAAAACACCUAUUGAAGAUCUUACUGCAGGUAGCCAUUUGGAAGCACCAGUAGAACCAACUCAAGAAACUACUGUUGCAAACGCAGUGGUGUUCAUGGAUGCCUGCAACACAGAACCUGAUGGUGAUUCUACUGUUGCUGAAGGGCAAAAACAGACUGUAGAAAUGGUUCAUUCUCCAGAAAAUCAAUCUGCUGCAUCCGAACAUGUCGAGACACAGGCAAAGCCAACUGUGAUUUGUGGUCCUAUGCUAAAUGAAUCUCAGACUGCAGGGCUGGAAGAUGACUUCUCAAUACUGAAGCAUGGUGGUCCUACUGCCUCAUCCGAGCUUGUUGUAGAAUCCAAUCCAACCAGUGAAAUUUCUGCUAUUCAAGUGGAAACAGAGGCAACAAAGUCAGAUGGGUACUGCACAGUGGAGGAUGGCAAUGCUUCAUCUGAAACUGUCAUGGAAUUGGAGCCAAAUAAAGAAACUACUAUUCCUAUGCAAGAGGAUACUACAGAAACUAAUGAUACUAUUGCUACUUACAAAGCAUGCAAUGAUUCUGAGAGUCAUUCAUUUGGUGAAGCGGUGAUGGAAAUGCAGUCAUCAGAGAUCAAGGCAGCAUCUUCUAUUCAGUCUGGUGCAGGAAACAUAAGCACACAGGCUCCUGCAAUGCCUGAUGGAACUGAACAAACCAAUAUGGCUUCAACUUCAGAAGUAGCACCUGAAAAUGAUAAAGAACAUAUGCCAGGCACUGAAGUUCAUAGUUCAGACCAACAAACAAAGACGAUUUCACCUGCUAAUGAUGAACAUGUGCAAGAUAUUAUGGUUCAUAGUUCAGAACAACAAACAGAGACGGUUUCAGAUGCACAGAUUGACACAUUGUGCGUCCAGGAGACUGCAAUUGUUGAUCAUGGUGAAACAAGAGGAACAGUUGAUCUGAAUGACAUAAGUACACAGACUCCUGCAUUACCUGGAAGCGGCUUGUUUGGUGUGGAGGCACAUAGUUCAGAACAACAAAAAACAGCAUCUUCACCAGGUGAUGGGGUUAAUAGUUCAGAAAAACAAAUAAAACUUGAUUCGGUUGCAGAGAUUGAAACAGCGGACGUCAAGGAGACUGCCAUUGCUGAUCAUGAGGAAACAGGUGAUGAGAGUGGCGUAAGUACACAUGCUCCUCUAUUAACUGAAUCUGGAGAAAAAGGAUCACCUGGAACUGACUUGCAUGAUUUUGAGGGUGAGAAGGAUCAUUCUACUGGGAUUAACAUAGAGGGCAUCCAAGGCCCUUAUGAUGCCUCAGACAAGGAUCAUUCUACUGAUCCUCCUGCAACUACCCUGGUGAUGGUUGAAUCUGAUAAAGAUACCUGUGAUGCAGAAAUUGUUUCUGCUGGCAAAUUAGAAUCUUCUGGUGGUGGUGAUAUUGGAACAGUUAGUGUCCAGGAAGCUGCAGAUGAUGCUGAUCACGAGGGAACACAAGGAAAAGGUAUUGAGGCUCAUGGUUCAGAACAAAUGGAGAUGGUUUCAGUUGCACAAGCGGCAUCUAAUCUGGCUUUAGUAGGAUAUUCUUCUUCAGAAGACUCAAUGUUGGAUGAUUCUGCCCGAGCAGCUGAUGGUGGUGAUUUUGUGGAUAGUAAAGGAGCUGGUGUUGAUAGCCAAGAAACUACAUCAACUCAAACCACCUCUACUCUUCCAGAGAAUACUGACAUGGAUUGGCAAAGCUGCCCCUUGCAAUCUGGGAAUGAUUCUCCUGCAACUACUGCAGUGACAGUUGAAUCCGAUAAAGAUAUUGGUGAUGCUGGAACUGCUUGUGUUGGCAAGACAGAAUCUUCUAGUGGUGUUGGGAUUGAGAUGAUGGUUGUCCAGGAAACUUCCAUUGCUGAUCAGCAAGGAGCAAUUGGAACAGGUGAUCUGAAUGAGGAAAAUGACAGUUUGCGACGUGGUGAUGACUGUGGUACAUCAUGUUCCACAUUAGUUACUGCGUGUGAAAAAGCACCUAGUGUUGAAGGGGUUAUUGUGGCUGACCAUUCAGAAGUGCCCACUUCAGUUGAACUUAUCGCUGCACAAUCAACUCAAGAAGCUACCAUUUCAAACCAAGAGGAAAUUGUUGCCCAUGAAAAAGCAACUAGUGUAGAAGGGCUUACUGUAGAUAGCCGUUCAGAUGCGCCUGCAUCAAUGGUAUUAGUUGGUGUGGAAUCAACUCAAGAAGCUAUGUCAAACCAAGAACAAAUUAUAGAUGCUGUUGGCUCUAUGCAUGAAAGCAACAGUACAGCCAGUGGUGCUGCUGCUACUGCUAGCGGAGCAGACCUGACUGAAGAAGUGGUUAAAGCUCCUGAAGAGCAACCAAUCCUGUUUCAACUUGUUGAUUCACAAGCAAAGGCAGCUGAGAUCUCUGGCCCUAUGCAGGAGGAAUCCAUAGCAAACUUGGAAAAUGAUGUCUCAGAACCUAAAGAUGGUAGCCCUACUGCCUCGUCUGAGCGUGUUGCAGAACCCAAGCCAGUUGAUGAAACUUCUGUUAUGCAAGUGGCACUGACAACGAGUACAGGGGAUGAAUGUGCAGCAGAGGAUCAUAAUGUUGUUCCAUCUGAAACUGUUAUGGAAUCGGAGCCCAUUCAAGAAAUUGCUGUUCCUAUGCAAGAGGACGGUAAAGAAGCUAAUGAUGCUCAUACUGCUCGCGAAGUAUGCAGAGAUCUUGAGGGCCAUGCAUCAGGUGCUGUGUCGAUGCCAGUAGAAUCAGAAAUUGUUGCUAGGCAAGGGGAUGACGCAGAAGCUAAUGAUACUACUAUCAUCAGCGAAGUAUGCAAAGGUACUGAGUCCCAUGUAUCUGGUGAAGUACCAAUUCCAGUAGAGUCAUCACCACUCAAGGUGGAACUGGCGAAUGAGACAGAUGACUCUCAAGGUUUGAAUCGAGGGACGGGAUUCGAUGAGCGUGAGAUGCAAUGUACGACUCAGCCUGUUGCUGUAGCUGAUGUUCCCAUUAUAGUGGGAGACGAGGUAUUAAACACGGAGUCUACACCUGGUGGUGCAAAUGCAAAAUCUGAUGGAGCUGACACUGAACAGAAAUUGCUACCUUCCUCUGUUGAGCCCAUGGUAGACGUAUCUAGUGAGCUGCCCAGCCAAGAGGUAAAGGAGGCUCCAAGCACUGACCUUUCAGGAAAUGAUGAAGAUGUGAAGAUGGAAGAGGCCCCUGCUGCUCAGGGACAGCUAAACACUGAUGCAGCUUAUGGUGGUGAAAAUGCAAAACUUGGUGAAGCUGCCUUGGAGCUGCAGUUGCCACCUUCAUCUGGUGAGGCAAUAGUAGAGAUAUCUAGUGAGCCACUCAGCCAAGAGGCAAAGGAAGCUGCAAGCACUAACCCUCCAGGAAAUGAUGAAAAUGAGCUGCAAUUGCCACCUUCAUCUGGUGAGGCAAUGGUAGAGAUAUCUAGUGAGCCACUCAGCCAAGAGGCGAAGGAAGCUGCAAGCACUAACCCUCCAGGAAAUGAUGAAAAUGAGCUGCAAUUGCCACCUUCAUCUGGUGAGGCAAUGGUAGAGAUAUCUAGUGAGCCACUCAGCCAAGAGGCGAAGGAAGCUGCAAGCACUGGCCCUCCAGGAAAUAAUGAAAAUGCAAAGGUGCAAGAGGCUACUGUUGCUGCUCAGGUACUUCUGAGCACCGAACAUGCUCCUGAUGGUGAAACUUCAAGACUUGCUGGAGGUGAUACAGAACUGCAAUUGACACCAGCUGGUCAGGCUAUGGUAGACAUAUCUAGUGAGCCACCCAGCAGCCAAGAGGUAAAUGAGGCUCCAAUCAGUGACGCUUUGGGAAAUGAUGAAAAUAUAAAGACAGAAAAUACUGCUGAUGCUGAACCUGCCCCUGGUAGUGAAAAUACAGAACUCGGCGAAGCCAACACUGAAAGGCAAGCGAAACCAGUGUCUGCUGUGGUUAUGGUAGAAUCAUCUAGUGAGCUUCCCAGCCAAGAGGGAAAGGAAGCUGCAACCACUGACCUGUCAGGGGAUGAUGAAAAAGCAAAGUCAGCGAGGGCUGCUGUUGUUGCGGAACUUUUUGGAGAUGCAACAGAAGGCGGUUCAGAUCAACCAUUACCCUCGCCUAGAGGUGAAGGUGAGGAUGCAGAUGGUGAUGGAGGUGUAGAGUAAAUUAUGCAAAUAUUGUACUAAGAACUACUAGAAUCUGUGUAAGUAAGAACUGCUAUUAGUGCUUUAGCUGUAACCCAUGGAAGCUUUCACUGAAAUUAAUGUUAGUUUACGUGGUGCUGAGAUUACAGCAGUUGUGGCGCACGGCAGUUAAUUCUUUUCUAACGUGUGAAUGUUUGCUGUACUGAUAUGUGUUGCUUGAUCCGCAUCACAUCGUAUCAUGUUGUUAGUA